AUGAUUUUGUUGCAAAAAAUACGUGCUCGCUUGUUAAUUCUAACCCCCAAAGUACUUUCCAGACUUAAUAAUCGCUUUUCUGGUCAUUACUGUACUGAGUCAAAGUCACCAGUUGGACAAGAACCUAUUAAUAAUAAUGUGGAAGAAGAUACAGUUUUCGAAGUCUAUGAUGAACAUUGGGAAGUAAACCCAGUUGUUGAGCAGGUUCAUAUACACCCUAAAAUGAGACCCGAAGAAAAUCUAUCUUUUAUACGCGUGAAAAAUCUUUUUGAUAUACCAGAAUUAGUGAAAGCAUUAGAACGUGAAAAUAUCCGAGAUAUUGUUUGUCUGAAUGUGAAUUGUAACUUCCUAGCUCCUUAUAUGGUUAUUGGAAGUGGUGUAUCUAAAAGACACAUUCAAAACACUGCUGUCCAUAUACACAAACUGCUGAAAUACAAAUUGAGGGAUACAAGUAUUCCACUGCCACUGUUCCAGGGAAUCGAUGGGUCCUGCGAAUGGAUAGCUGUCGAUAUGAAUACCAUUUUCCUUCAUCUAUUUUUACCUGCUACAAGAUUAAAAUACGACUUAGAAUCGCUCUGGGGCGCUGGUCCACAAUAUGAUGACCAACUUUUUCAGAAGAACACAGCAGAAUUAUCGAAUAGAAACUUUAAUUGGGAACAAUUAUUAUCCGAAAUUCAACAGGCCAAACAAUCUUUUUAA